GGAGAAAGACACUUCACCCUUCUGGGAAAAGGGUAGGGAGAUGGACUGUGGAUGAAGACAAGCACUUGAAAAAAGCUAUGAUGCUUUUCGGGCAGAAAAACUGGAUGAAAAUUGCUCAGUUUGUCCCUGGCCGAACUCAAGUUCAAUAUAGAGAGAGGUGGGUCAACACUCUAGAUUCGUCUUUAAAUAUGGAACCAUGGACUGAAGAAGAGGACUCUAAACUGAAAGCAGCAAUCGCUAAACAUGGACAUUGCUGGUCUAAGAUAGCAGCAUUGGUGCCUCCGCGUACUGAUAAUCAAUGCAGGAGGGAUCGAGAGGGAGAUUGGAGCACUGCAGCUAGAAGUAUGUUAAGAACUUGGAAUUGAAUUUUGAUACAAUGUCAUGCAUUC